CAUGGCCGCUGUCCCGUCACAGAGGAAACCUUAGAAAGUGUUCAGCUAUUCAUGGAUAAUUCAGAAGGCUGUGGAAGAGAAUCGUUGAUACCAGACCCACACAUCCGCUCAAGGGAGCUCUUCAUAUCAGAUGCUGCUGACUCCUACCCUGUCAAGGCUCUGAGAGGGAGGUGUAAAGUUAGUCGUUACCACGACCUCAGCGCUGCCAGAGACUUCAAGCCCGAACCAGACUCUUUCUUCUACGUCCUUGAAUACAACCCUAAAACCAAGAGGCUGGCGACCACACAAGGGGAGAUUCGGGUGGGACAGAGUCAUCAGGCUCGCCUGCCCGAAUUAAAGCGCGAUGUCAUGCCAUCCCAGAUGCCCGAGAAAAUGGAGUAUUGGGAAGAGCUUCGAUGGCGGCCAAAUGCUGUCAUGGAUGGAGAUUUGAUGAUGUAUCUACGAGCUGCAAGGAGCGUGGCAGCAUUCGCGGGGAUGUGUGAUGGAGGAUCUACAGAAGAUGGCUGUCAGGCUGCCUCAAUGGAUGAGACCACUAUCAAUGCCAUGGAUACAUUGCACCGAUAUACCUAUGAUACAGGCAAGGGUCUCCAGGCACUUGUCAAGUCUCCUGCCCUCCGAAGUAUAGAGAAGAAAUGGACAGAGGAGGAUUCAAAACGUUUCAUCAAAGGUCUUCGACAGUAUGGCAAGAAUUUCUUCAAGAUCCGUAAAGAACUACUUCCACACAAAGAAACGGGAGAACUGGUCGAAUACUAUUAUUUUUGGAAGAAAACUCCUGGUGCCACAUCCAAUCGACCGUACCGACGACACAAACGUCCUGCCUUCAAACGCAACACUCGCUCCCAGCGCCCGACUUCAAGUGACUUCUGUGACCAAAGCUGUUCAGCCAGUGAGUGUUCAGAAGACUCGGAUGAUAGUGGUGCUAGUCGCGAGCUGAGUGGGUACUCAUGUCGUCACUGUUGCACAACAGUGUCUAAAGACUGGCACCAUGCUGGUAAAGAUAAGAGUCUCCGUUGUACAGAAUGUCGCCUCCACUUCAAACGCUACGGGGAAGAGCGGCCCUUAGAGAGUCCUCGCGAUUCUUCAACACGAGACCCCUCAUCCCGCGACCCUUCACCCUUCCUCUUCCAGCCAGUCAAGGAAGAGGAUUCUGUCAACUGUCGGCACAAUAUGCGAACGCGGCAGACUCGAGAAUCGACAAAAGGCAAAAGGAAAGAGAGAAAUAAUAGUACUAGUAGUCCAGAUAUCAUUGAUAGCCCACUUAAUCCACUCGUCCCACUGGCUCGCAAGUCUCCCAGCACUGGUAGUACCUGUAGCAACAGUAGCACAGACACACAGAAAAAGGUCAAGAAGACAACUGAGGCCCAAAGCAAAGGCAAGAAGCGACAAGCCAACUCUGAUUCAGAGGACAAGCACAACAAGAAAAAGAAAGCUGAGGAUCGGUCAGAUUCCGAGUCGGUGUCUGACAGCAGCAGUUUAUCUGGGAAUGAGGAGGAGAAUGGUAACGAAGGAGAUAUUGAGAACAAUCAGGAUGAUCUUAGCUCGUCCUCACCUCCCAGCACUCCGCGUUCUGUAGACACCGACUACAAGUCCAGUAAAGCUCCGGUGUCAUCACAAAGUUCUACAACCAACACCUCUGUCCAGUCUCCGGUGGCAACAAUUGUCACUCCUGUCUCCACCGCCACCGUGGCCAACCUUCACGACAAGGUGCCACUUGUGCGGCCAGAGCCAGCACAUAUUCACCAUCCUCAUACAUCUCCCCCUCCAGUUUCACAACUCCUUCCUCCCCCUCCUCACCACCUCCCCCAUCACUCGCACCCUCUUUCCCCUGUGUCAUCCUGUCCCCCACUUGUACCCUUAUCAUCUUCCAUUUCUCUACCGUCAUCGCAGAAAUUGCCAUCAGAGAAGUUGCUGUCAACCACUUCGCCAUCCAUGCCGCUGUCGCUCCAGUGCAGCACUCCUCAGGACCUGGCGUUCCACCGGGAAACAUCGCCAUUUACUCCACCAUCUCUGUCAUCACUUCACUCAAGGGCAUCGUUAUCAUUACCUCAGGUUAGCACUGCCAGUACCUUGUCAACACCAGCCCGACUUGAUGACUUUCACACAAAUACAGUACCAAUUAAAAAGGAGCCUGUGUCUCCACCACCAUCUCCUAAACACAGCUUUGGGCCUUCCAAGCUCCUGAUGGACAAUGCGGCCUCUCGACUAAGUGGAAUCGAGGACAAAUCUAGCAUGAAUAGUGUUAUAGUGAAGUCUGAACCGUUAUCUAGUUUUACCUCUCGGACAGAGUCAUUUCAACCAUUCUCCAAACCAGGAUUGGAAUCCAGUGCUAAUAGUACUGUAGUGCCCAACAGUCGAGUGUCUGAUUCUGUGAGUAGUGGGGGUAGAUCGGACAGUAAAACCCCACCCCUCCAUAUAUCACACACACAUGGUCCUGUUUCUCAUGGGCCACCACCCCCACAUGUGGUUUCCUCACAUGGACAUUCUCAUGGGGCAUCUCCACACGGGCUUUCUCCCCAUGUACCUUCCACACAUGGGCCUCCCACACAUGGACCAUCCCCUCAUGGGCCUCCUACACAUGGACCAUCCCCUCAUGGGCUUCCAUCACAUGGACCAACCCAACAUGGAUCAUCAUCCUCAUCGUCACAUGGGCCUUCUCAACAUGGACCUCUCUCACAUGGACCUUCCCCCCUUAGGCCCCUCCUCCAUGGGACUUUGCCUCAUGGGUCCCACCCACACAUCCAUGAACCGCCCACCACCCCUAAAGAACUGAUCUCUCCCUCAUCCACAACGGACACAAGUACAACAGAGAAAUUGACCCCUGGAGGAGGGGUCAAACCAGAGCCAUCUACACCAGUGGGCGAGACUAGUGUUAUGAUGGAGGAAGAGGAAGAAUCAGACCAUGAGGGAGGGACAACUUCUCCUGGGCCAGAUCCUACCCGAUGUAGUUUAGAAAUCUACAAAUCAGAAAAUGCAAUACUAAUGAGAGUGCUGAACAGAGGAGAAAACAAUUGCUGUUCUCGCUGUGAUGUUGUGUUCAGACCCCAUCCUGAUUCCAAGCUUGCACGCAAGAGAGCAGCACCGACACACACCACUCCCGUUAAAACUGAAGAGAAGGUUGUUAGUGCUAAAAAACCAGAGACACCUCCUCCUAAUUCAACAGCUGAUGCUCAGAUCACCAGUAGCAUAACACCAAAUAAUCCCUAUGAACGCCACACCCCUCGCUCAUCCUAUCCCGACACUCCAGCCCUACGUCAGCUCAGUGAAUAUGCAAAACCUCAUGUUAUGGGUAGUGGCCCAGAACCUGCACGAUCUCUUUCCUAUGCAGGAAUGCCCCAUACCAUGGAUCACCUUCUCGACUUCCGCAUGGCAGCAAUGUAUCCACCUGGCUCUCGUGAAAGAUUAGAAUUGGAACUGGAGCGCGACAAGAGAGAAAGAGAUGCCAGGGAGAGAGAAUUGCGGGAACGGGAGAUACGUGAAAUGGAAAUGAGAGAGAAAUUGAAAGCAGAUUUAGAGCUUAGUAAACCAGGAUUGGAUAGAAUUCUACCACAUGGACCAGGGAUUGACUCUAACUGGUUAGAGCUACAGAGACGGUUCUGUCCCCCAGGAAGUCAUGUUUUACCUUCGGCAGCUAAUGUUGGGGGCCCUGGAGGGGGUCAUCACAUCCCUGGGGUUUAUCCUCCUACCAGCAUAGCCAGUGAUCUCUUGCAACGUGAACGGGAAAGAAUGGAACGACUAGGGUUCCCUCAGUGUCAUCUAGUGCACCCUGCUGGUGCAGACAUGGCUGCAUACUCUAACACAGUGGAGCGACUGUCGGCCGAGCGGCUACAUGCGGAGCGUAUGGCCCUCGCCACCGACCCCAUGGUUCGACUACAGAUGGGCAACCUGGGCAUGUCACCGUCUGGUCACACGCACACACAUGCACACUCGCACACUCAUCUCCACCUUCACCAGCAGGAUGCAGCAGCCGCAGCAGCAGCAGCCUCGGGCUCCCAAUUUCACCCGUCGCUGCACGGCCUGCCACAUCACUUUCUCCCUCCCCUACCACCAGGAGCUGAUCCAUUAGCCUCAGGAAUGAACAGUUCUAACCCCCCGACGUCAAGUGCUGGGCCACACCUUCAGUCUCUACCCCAGGGACUGCCACCACACGCAGCACUGCUAGCAGGGCGUGAACAGGAGAUGCUGCAAAGUGAUCUCUAUAGACGAGCCUAUGCAGACCCCGCAUUUGCUCAUCAGCUGUCUGCCCAGGCUGCUCACCAGGAGGCAAUACAGCGCCAGCUGGCCAUGGAUCGCGAACGCUUUGGUCCUGGAGGUCAUCUCCACCACUGACCUCACCCGCUUUAGCACUGACCUUCAUGGCUAAUGCUGUAAACACCUCAUGUCCUUGGUUGUGACGAAAUGCAUCGACCCACAGGCGUAAACAUAUGGAAGAGUAGAUAUUAGACAGCACACAACUUCUCCAAUAGGAUAGUUUAACUGGUGUUGACAAUGUGGCAGCAGUUUGCGACUUGUGAAUUGAGUUGUAAAUAAGGUUGAAGCUUGACAAUCAGGAAAAGAAGAAAUGAUGAAAUCCUGAUGUUAUUCUUAGCUUUGCUCAAGACAUUUAAUGAGCAGGGCCUAUUGAUGUGGCUUGAAUAAUGGGGGUGGCCCCAGGUUCUAGUGGGUGUUUCCAAAGACUAAUUGGGCAUAGCCCGGACAAAGUGGCCAUACAGAAGCCACAUUUGUGGCAUGAUCUCUAACGGUCAGCCAAUUCUUGUGCAAUCUUCAAUUCAAUGUUUUUUUUGGGGUUUUUUUGUGAAAACCAAAACAUAUUUAAAAGAAUGGAUUCCUUGCCCAUGGGAGGAUAUCCUUCUGUCGACAGGCAGAUUCCACUGUACAGUAUUAGUGGCUACUUCAAUUUUUCUGUGUGGCAUUUUUCAUAUAAGCUCACGCUAUGUUUACAUUUUGUAAUUUAUAAACAAUUGUUUGUGAGGUAUGCAUGAGUGACAACAGUAUGAGUGAUGCAAUUAUGUGACUUUAUAGUCAUAUGACAAUUUGGUAUGUGGUCAUGUGACAACAAACACAGAAUAUGAUAGAUGUUCUAAAGAAUGAAUGAAGACUAAAAUGUGUACAUCAUUCAUGUGGAGAGAGUGUUUGUUUAAUGUGAAAGUGGAAAUGUUUUUAUAUGUGAUGCAAGGUAAAAGUGUGAGAGUUCUGGACAAGGGAGGUUACUCCAUAUCCACAGUAUAUAUGGCAGCACACCACUAUAAAUUAAUCUGUUCUACUUUAUAUAUUAUUUAGCCUUUAGCGGUAGAAGUUUCAGGGAAUGAUGUUGUAGAACUAUCAGCUCUGUAGAUCAAUAUUUUGCUUAUAAAAAAAAUAAGUUCUUUUAACUUUUUUUGAUGUCUGGGGCCCAAUUAGAAGCUGCUUUGUUGAACUAAUUUCAUAGUUUCAAAGAGUUACUGUAUUUCUUAAGAAAUGUUUCUUGGCUCAGUAAAGGUAUUAAAAAAAUUGCCAUUUUACAGAGAAAUUAACUGUUUUAAAGAAAUAAGUACAUUAAGAAGGGCUCUGUGACAUUAAACAGUAUUCAUGCUUUGCUUUAUAGUACAAUAAUUUUAAAAAUAAGAUGCUAAAUACAGAGAAAUAUUCUACUGGUAGGUUGUCUCCCCUUAGUCCAUCUCCUGAGUGUGGCGGAGAGUUAUUAGGUAGCUUGCAUUAUUUCUACAUUCCAAUGGUGACUUUCCUGUAGGUACUGUAGUUUGUUCCCAACACCAAUCAAACAUCAUUUAUAAUAAUAUAUUUAUAAUACAAAAUGUGCUGAGAAAUCAGAAUUCCUACAUUACCAUUAGUGAUUGAAAAACAAAGUCUUGCAUUAACCACAAAUGGUUGUGAAAACCAAUGUAUGGCAUUAUGACUAGUGAAUAAGAAAACAAAUGUCUAGCAUUAUGACUAGUGAAUAAGAAAAAAAAUGUCUAGCAUUAUGACUAUUGACUUAGAAAACAAAUGUCUGGCAUUACCACUAGUGAUUAAGAAAACAAAUGUCUUGCAUUAUGACUAUUGACUUAGAAAACAAAUGUCUGGCAUUACCACUAGUGAUUAAGAAAACAAAUGUCUUGUAAUAUGACUAGUGAUUAAGAAAACAAAUGUCUGGCAUUACCACUAGUGAUUAAGAAAACAAAUGUCUAGCAUUAUGACUAUUGACUUAGAAAACAAAUGUCUCAUAUAACGACUAUUGACUUAGAAAACAAAUGUCUGGCAUUACCACUAGUGAUUAAGAAAACAAAUGUCUUGUAAUAUGACUAGUGAUUAAGAAAUCAAAUGUCUGAUAUUACCACUAGUGAUUAAGAAAACAAAUGUCUGGCAUUACCACUAGUGACUAAGGAAACAAAUGUCUAGCAUUAUGUCUAGUGACUUAGAAAACAAAUGACUCGUAUAACGACUAUUGACUUAGAAAACAAAUGUCUGGCAUUAUAACUAUUGACUUAGAAAACAAAUGUCUCGUAUAACGACUAUUGACUUAGAAAACAAAUGUCUGGCAUUAUGACUAUUGACUUAGAAAACAAAUGUCUAGCAUUACCACUAGUGAUUAAAAAAACAAAUGUGUAGCAUUAUAACUAUUGACUUAGAAAACAAAUGUCUAGCAUUACCACUAGUGAUUAAGAAAACAAAUGUCUCAUAUUACCACUAUUGAUUGUCAUGGUCAUCAUCAACCAAUACUCACAGGAAAUCCCAAACUGCUUACCUACUUAGAAAGCAACGUAGAAUCCAUGAAAAUGGAAGCCCUGGAAUAUGCAUUUAAGUAACAGUUGUCUUUUUCUGUAAUUAUUGUUUAUUAUCAAGUACCGGGAGCAGUACUACAAUGGUCUGGGGGACUGUCAACUUUACAUGGAUAUAACAUUGUAGUGUUUAUUUCUUGUAAAUAUAGAGAGACAGUAUAUAGUAUGAAGUCCAGAGAUUUGCUAUGUUUGUAUUGUGAUGUUUACUGAGGUGUUACCAGUAAAACUCAGUAUAGUGUUAGAGCUGAAGGUUAUUCUGGUCAGACAGGAAGCUUGGCAUUGAUGUCAUAACUUUGAGAAAGUAGUACAAUAUUCAUCAGUUUUAGUGAUUUUUAGAUCACAAGAGUUGUUGACAUUUUGAGAUCCUAUAGUAGGUGACUUGUCAGCAUUUUGGAAAAAGGUGAUCUGGACAGAAAACAUUUUACUCUCGACUGGUGAAACGUGUCUCUAUUUCUGAGACUACUAUCUCACCUCUAAAUGACCAGAAUUUCUUUCAGCAGUAUAUUUAUAUACCUGUGGUGUGACCUAGGUGUAGUGCUGUAAUCAUCAAACAUUGUUGUAGACACCAGUCAACUGACCAGUUCUGUGUCAUUACUCAGGACUCUGGUCAAUUGACCAGUUCUGUGUUUUUAAUCAGAACGAUGGUCAUGUGACUAGUCCUGAAUCAUUACUUGGGAUACUGGUCAGUUGACCAAUUCUUUGUCGUUACUGGUCAGUUGACUAGUCCUGUGUCAUUACUCAAGUCACUGGUCACUUGACCAGUCUUGUGUCAUAACUCGAGUGACGGGUCAGUUGACCAGUCCUGUGUCAUCACUCAGGACAAUGGUCCAUUGACCAGUCCUGUGUUAUAACUCGAGUGACUGGUCUGUUGACCAGUCCUGUGUCAUCACCCAGGACACUGGUCCGUUAACCGGUCCUGUGUCAUCACUCCGGACACUGGUCACUUGACCAGUCCUGUGUCAUUACUUACUGAUGAUUUGCCUAAUUCUAAUGAAACAUUACUCCACCUAAACAGUGGGAAAUAAAGUAUAUAAAAACCUACAA